CAAUUCCUCAUAUUGAUAUGUAUGUAUAUGAGGAAGAGCUCAGCAUGCAGAGGAAAAGCUCGGCCGCGGAUCCCGGCAGCUCCGAGCGAGGCUCCCAUCGGACCCGGAGCCGCGCGUAACAGGCGAGGUAUGGAGCGUCUGCCGGAGAGACAGCUGCAGUCGAGGAUGCCCCCGCUCCCCUUGGGCUGAUCUCGCCUGAUCCGCCGCCGUGGCCAUGGCGUUCUGCAACGAGAGCCUGCUGGAGGACUGUGACUUCCUGCCGCCGGGGCCGGAGGAGGCGGCGGAGAGCCUCCCGCCGGACGCCGAGCCGCCGCUCAUCUCCGUCACCCUCCGCGUGACCCUGGCGGCCAUCAUGAUCUUCAUGAUCACCAUCGGUUUCCUGGGCAACGCCAUCGUGUGUCUCAUCGUGUACCAGAAGCCGGCCAUGCGCUCGGCCAUCAACCUGCUGCUGGCCACGCUGGCCUUCUCCGACAUCAUGCUGUCGCUGCUCUGCAUGCCCUUCACCGCCGUCACCGUGGCGUCGGCCGACUGGAGCUUCGGCAGCGGCUUCUGCCGCGCCUCCAUCAUGCUGUACUGGCUCUUCGUGCUGGAGGGCGUGUCCAUCCUCCUCAUCAUCAGCGUGGACCGCUUCCUGAUCAUCGUGCAGCGGCAGGACAAGCUCACGCCGCACCGUGCCAAGCUGCUGAUCGCCGGCUCGUGGGUGCUGAGCCUGUGCGUGUCGCUGCCGUCGGUGGUGGGGUGGCGGGCCGGCGCGGCGGCGGGCAUCGGCGGCGCCUGGGCGCCCCAGUGCGUGCUGGGAUACAGCGAGUCGCUGGCGGACCGCGGCUACACCGUGCUGCUGGCCGUGGCCGUCUUCUUCGUGCCCUUCACCGUCAUGCUGUACUCGUACAUGUGCAUCCUGAACACGGUGCGGCGCAACACGCUGCGCAUCCACAACCACGCCAGCGAGCGCUCCUGCCUGCCGGCGCUCAGCCAGGGCGGCAAGCAGCAGCAGCGGCGGCUGGCCGGGCUGCAGCGGCCGCCGCAGGUCAAGGUGGACAUGAGCUUCAAGACGCGCGCCUUCACCACCAUCCUCAUCCUGUUCGUGGGCUUCUCCGUGUGCUGGCUGCCGCACACGGUGGUGAGCCUGCUGGCCGUGUUCAGCCGCCGCUUCUACUACAGCCCCGUCUUCUACCCCGUCAGCAUCGGCGCGCUGUGGCUCAGCUACCUGAAGACGGUGUUCAACCCCGUCAUCUACUGCUGGAGGAUCCGCAAGUUCCGGGAGGCGUGCCAGGAGUUCAUCCCCAAGAGCUGCCGGCUCUGCCCGCGCGUCCCGGGCCGGAGCCACCGCAGGGUCCGGCCCAGCAACCUGUACGUGUGCAGCGAGAUCCAGUCCACCGUGUGAGGCCGGAGCGCCAAAAUAAAAGAUCUAUCUAAA